CUGGCCAAAACAUUGCAGUUCUCUUUGGAGCGCAGUUUUUUAUUCGCCUGAAGCGCAAUUGCAUACAGUUUAAGAUCAAUCACUACCAUCGGUACCCUGGCAAGUUGGCAUUCUCAGCUGCCCCUGCACGAUGUCACAGGUUUAUCUGCUGCCCGUGGCCGUGUUCCUGAUCUUCCAGGUGACCUUCAUCGGAACCUACAUUGUGGCCGUGUUGGAGGGACAUGUGGUGCCCACAGUGCCCUACAUUAGCGAUGCGGCCACCUAUUCGCCGGAGAGCUGCGUCUUUGGGCAGCUGAUCAACAUUGGGAGUGUGCUCUUGGGAAUCACCAUUUACGUGCGCUACCGCCAGGUGCUGCAACUGUACGAACACCAUCCAGAGCUGGACGCUGCCGUGCUGCGGCACAACCGCCUGGCCCUGUGGUGCGGUCUAGUGUCCUGCCUGGGCAUUAGCUUUGUGGGCAACUUCCAGGAGACGAACGUUCGGAUUGUGCACUUUAUUGGCGCCUUUUGCUGCUUUGGCUGCGGCACUUUGUACUUUUGGAUGCAGGCGCUGAUCUCGUAUCUGAUCCUGCCCAUGUCUGGAACCCGCAUAUACGCCCACCUGCGGCUGGGCAUGUCCGUGGUGUGCACCAUACUGUUUAUCCUGCUGGCUGUGACCGGCGUGAUGUCGCACAUCCUGUUCAAGGGCCAGAAUCCGAGGAAGUGGUACCCCUCGGAUGGCGGCUGGUACUUCCAUGUGAUUAGCUCCAUUUCGGAGUGGAUCAUCGCCACCAUCUUCAGCUUCUUCAUCCUGUCCUUCACGCAGGAGUUCCGCGAUGUCUCGUUGUCGCACCCCCAGAUCGCGCUGAUGUCGUACACAGCCGUCAUCUAAGAUCCCAGGAGCAUUACCCAGCUAGUAUUAGUAUAGCGAUCUUGGGCUAGAUUACCCAGCUGCAACAAGGACUGUGGUCGCUGGGUAUGGCAGGGAUUGCAUGCAUUCUGGGAGUAAUUCUCCGUCUUGUCGGAUGAUUAAUUCCCACUCUUAAUCAUUUUAAGAACAAAGAAACUUGGCUGAAUGAUUAGUAGUUGUACUCCAUCCUGUAUAAGCUCUGGAGGAUGCCUUCCGUCUCGCUCUCUUUCGGCCGCCCUUCUCUGUCGGAUUACUGUGAUAUCUGUAGAAUGAUGACAAAAUGUGUGUGCGUUUCCAAAGACGAAGCAGCUGCUUGAUUGAGGAGUUACAUUUAUUGUUUUACCCGAGUUCAAGUUCAGUUUAUACAUUAUACAUUACGUUAGUUACAGUUACUAAGUCGAACUAAUGCCAGGUUUGUGGUCGGUACAAACAAUCUGUAGGUCGUAAAAUGCAAAAGCAAUUAAAUCAAAA